GCAACUGGUCGGGUAACAGUGCCGGAAACUAAUUGAAACCGAAACUGAAAAUACUUAGUUCGUAUUCUCGACUAAUAUAUCCGUCUAGAUUUCAGUUAUAUUUCACGUUUCCCACACACCCAACAGCACCGAAAAAGAAAAUACAAAUGGCCAACUUAAAACGCAAGAUGACUGUUGAAAUUGACCAGGAGUAUCUCAGCUGCACCAUCUGUCUGAGUAUUUUCAAGAAGCCAAGAAUUCUGCCCUGCCUCCACACGUUCUGUGGCAAGUGUCUUCAAGAUUACAUUGAUCAACAACCCGAUGCUUACGAGAAGAAAGGAUUCAGCUGCCCAGUCUGUAGAGAGUUUGUGUCCAUACCAAACCCAACUGGAGGUUGGGCAACUCAGAUGAAAGUUGAUUUCCGACUAGACGCCAUGACCGAUAGCAUGAAACAAAAUAAAAAGAAAGUUGAGAAAAACAGGGCUGAAGCGACUUUCCAGUAUACCAUAAACAGAAUUAGUACGUUGACCAAGUCUGUAGCCAGUCCAGCCUACAUAAUUCGAAAUUUACCAUGGAAUAUAAUGGUGAUGCCAAAGCUAGUGAAGGGAAAGAAAAGUCUUGGGUUUUAUCUACAGUGCAAUACUGAAAGUGAUUCCGAAUCGUGGUCAUGUGAAGCCAGGGCGGAGUUAAAGAUACUACCUCAGUGUUAUGGAAGGACAGCAUUUAUUCGUAGAACAGUGCACACGUAUAGCUCACAAGAAUAUGACUGGGGAUUCAGCAAUUUUAUCUCAUGGGAUGACCUGUUAAAUCCUGCUAAAGGGUAUGUCAAAGAUGAUAAUGUCCAUCUUGAAGUUCACGUGGAAGCGGAGGAACCUCAAAUGUAAUGCUACAUUUGGAUGUUUUAUUUGACGUAUGAAAUGUGAAAUUAAUAGCGGACCAGAGAAAUUUGGCUUUUUAUCCGAGGCUGUUAGAAUAACGUCAUACCGGCUGGCCGUCUGAUAACUGCAGUACGUUCUUCUUUGAUGACUCCAAGUGAUGAAAGAAAUGUGGUAGUAAAAAUCAUCAGAAUAUUUGACCAUAUAAUUAAUUGUGAAUAAACUUAUACUGACGUGUGAAGAUAACGACAACUUCAGUUACAUAUGCAUUGGAAACGUGGGGAGGCCAGGGGAAAAGUUUGGAAUCCAAAAGUUUAUAUCGUCCCGUUAUCUCCAAGCUGGAAGGUAAUUUAAUAUAUCGGGUGAUAAAAAAAAGUAUGCAAAUUAGAAUAUUGAAAUUUAAACAAACUUGUUUGUUUAUGCCAAGUAAUCAGCCAUAGUGGAGGAAUUAUCCAAUUACAAUUUAAAUACGGUAACAUAUCAGGGCCGUAACUAGGAUUUUUUGUGGGUUUUUUUUUUUGGGGGGGGGGGGGGGG